AUGGCGGAAGGUUCCCCCUCCCACCCUUAUUAUCCUCCCGGGGCUGACAUUGUCGGCUACACGCCCAACCAAGCCUCUGUUUUAGACCUCCUGGUUUCAUUCGGAGGCGGCUGCACGAUAUUGUUGGUAUUGACAUUGGCUGUCACAACUUAUGCCCGGCCGGCGCUUCGCCCGAGCGAAAAAAUUGCCAUUCUCUGGUUUGUGCUGUCUGGAUCUUUGCACUGUUUCUUUGAGGGCUAUUUCAUGACCCAUUAUGAUCGCAUGGCCUCCGCCCAAGAUCUGUUUGGGCAGCUAUGGAAAGAAUACGCCCUGUCCGACUCUCGAUACAUGACCUCGGAUACGUUGGUGCUUUGCAUGGAAAGCAUGACAGUACUCCUGUGGGGACCGCUUUGCUUUGUUGUUGCAGGGCUCACCGCCAAUCGGCACAGCCUGAAGCAUCCUUUCCAGCUAAUUGUUUGCAUGAGCCAUCUCUACGGCGAUACGCUGUAUUACGCCACCAGCCUCUUCGAUCAUUAUGCGAACCAGCGGCCCUAUAGUCGCCCUGAACCUUAUUAUUUCUGGGUGUAUUAUUUUCUGAUGAACUUCAUCUGGAUAGUGGUUCCGUUCUACUAUCUGACCGACAGCAUUCGUACGAUCUCGACCGCCAUUCGGGCCCAGCAGGAGUCAGGCGCGAGUCGUAAAACACAAUAG